AUUUUCUUGCAAUCCGCGAAGAAGACUGACAUCUUCGACAUGGCGGAAUCAGACCAGCAGUCAGGAGCCACUCCUGAGGAUGGCACACUUGAGGUCACGACAACCUUUAUGGUUCCCAAGAAAGAAAUUACUAUGGUGCCCGACAUGGGCAAGUGGAAGCGGUCUAAGGCUUAUGCUGACUACAUAGGAUUCAUUUUGACUCUUAAUGAGAGUGUGAAGGGAAAGAAGCUAACCUGUGAAUAUAAAGUUUCUGAGACAGUGGAAAAAUUACUAGAUCUUUUGGGGACUCUGGAACGAUGGAUAAAUGAGACCCCUCCUGUUGACCAGCCAUCUCGCUUUGGUAAUAAAGCCUUCAGAACCUGGUUUGCUCAAUUAGACCAGGAAGCAGAAGCCCUGGUGUCGGCAGUGCUACCCUCCGACAAACAAGCUGCAGCUCCUGAGAUAGCUGUGUAUCUGAAAGAGUCUGUCGGGAACUCCACCAGAAUAGAUUAUGGAACAGGUCAUGAAGCUGCAUUUGCCGCAUUCCUCUGCUGUCUCUGUAAGGUCGGCGCUCUUAAAGUAGAUGAUCAGCUGGCUAUUGUUUUCAAGAUUUUUAACAAGUAUCUCUCAGUGAUGCGAAAGCUUCAGAGAACCUACAGAAUGGAACCAGCUGGAAGCCAAGGUGUAUGGGGCCUUGAUGACUUUCAAUUUCUACCUUUCAUAUGGGGAAGUUCACAAUUUGUCGAUCACCCAACCAUUGAGCCACGGCAUUUUGUUGAUGAGAAGGUGGUAAACGAACAUCAGCAAGACUACAUGUUCCUGGAGUGCAUCAAGUUCAUAAAUGAGAUGAAGACUGGUCCAUUUGCUGAGCACUCCAACCAGCUGUGGAACAUCAGUGCUGUUCCUUCCUGGUCCAAAGUCAACCAGGGUCUGAUUAGAAUGUACAAGGCUGAGUGUUUGGAGAAGUUUCCAGUGAUCCAGCACUUCAAAUUUGGCACCCUGCUGUCGAUCCAGCCAUCAAAACCUUGAUGAAUUCAAGGAUUACGACGGAAUGACCAAAGUCCCAGCACAUCAAAUCAACUGUUUUCCCUUUUGUCGAACAUCGUCUCGUAGAGCGCCGCAGAUCUGGACACAAGCACCGUUCUCCCCAAACGUACUCAUUAAGGCUCGUUCGACACCCCCUUUUGAAAUGCAAUUUGAGUGUUCGGAGCACACGAUGACAGCUCCAAACUUCCACAUGCGUCAGCACAGAUGCACGCUGUCACAGAACAUUUAUGAAAUUCAAACUUGGUCAUUGCUGUUGAUUUCCAGGGUAACCAAAUUGGAAGUAUAAGGGUGUGAGGUCCUUCACUGGUGCGCUCUCAACGACAUCCAGAUGUUUGAAUCAUGAGCAAAGGAUUUUGCUUGCGUUCAUGUAAGAGCUGCCAGUUUGUGGCCCGAGCAGUCAAGUUGUGUAUUAUUUGUGAAUAGGUUGAAACCGUCCAUGUGUUAUGGAUUUUUAUUUCAAGAGGAUUGUUCUAUUAUUGUUGAAUUUAUAUCCUGAAUGAACUAUGGAUCAGAGCGAAUGAACUGGUUUUUUUUUUCCAAAUCUUCAGAUUCGUGGCUGUAAUGGUCAAGGUAAAAGGAGAAUUUACUUAAUAGUUUGAAUAUACAAGUAUAAUUAAAAUCUAUAUAUAUUUUGGGUACUUUUAUUUAAGUGCUUAUAAAGCCAAAUAUUUGCAUCUCUUUCUGUCACCGUUUAAAGCACAGUAAAUAGUCAUUAAUACAAAGAUAUCAUUGUUUUUGCUUUUUUUUUUUCCCCCCUUUUUUUUUGGGAUGAAACGAAUAAUGUGCAUGUCUUCACGAGUCUGUUUUGGAUACCAAUGUCUGAUAAAAUUAUAUUGCCAACGUUCUUGAAUGACGCCAUCUUGUCUGUUUAGAAAUGAAAAGGGUUAACAUUUGCAAGACCGUGUGUUUCUUCUGCUUAUUUUUACAUGAACUAUCCUGAAUUAAUAAACGUUUGUGUCUGCACCUUAUGUCAUUUGACUGGAUGGAGUUUAAAUGCAUUGCUCAAAAACUAAAGGAAACACUAACACAUUGUAGAUAUGAAUGAAUGAAAUAUUUGUAUCAAAUACUUUGUUCUUUCCAUAGUUGAAUGUGCUGACAACAAAAUCACAUAGAAAUUAUCAAUGAAAAUCAAAUGUAUCAAUCCAUGGAGGUCUGGUUUUGGAGUUUUACUCAAAAUGAAAGUGGAAAAACAUACCCCGGACUGAUCCAACUUUGAUGUGAUGUCUUUUUAAAAAAAGUCAAAAUGAGGCUCAGCAGAGUGUGUGUGGCCUCCGUGGGCCUGUAUGACCUCCAUACAAUGCCUGGGCAUGUUCCUGAUGUGUGAGAAGCCACCUGGCGGUGCCAGAUGGACCUAAACAUAAUUUUCCAGAUGGGUUCUAUUGGGUUUAGGUCAGGUAAAUGUAGGGGCCAGUCAAUGUUAUCAGUUCCUUCUUCCUCCAGGAACUACUUGCAUUCUCCAGCCACAUGAGAUUGGGCAUUGUCAUGGACCAGGAAAAACCCAGGUCCCACUGCUCAAGUGUAGGUUAUGACAGUAGGUCCAAGGAUUUCAUCCCAAUAUCUAAUAGCAACCAGGGUGCUAUUAUCUAACCUGUCGAGAUCUAUCUGUCCUUCCAGGGAUAUGCCUCCAUCACUGACCCACCACCACACCUGUCAUGCUGAAUGAUUUUGCAGGCAGCAUAACUUUCUCCACGGCAUCUCCGGACCCUUUCACGUCUUGCGCAUGUGCUCAGGUUGAACCUGCUUUCAUCAGUGAAGUGGCGUAGUUGCAAUUUCUGGUGGUAUAUGGCCAAUUCUGAUCAAGGUCUGCGGUGCCGGGCAGUGAGCACGGGGCUCACUAAAGGACGUCGGCCCUUAGGCCAUCCUCAUGGAGCCCAUUUCUGGUUAUUUCAUUUAUUCAUUCAACAUUCACACCAGUGGCCAGCUGGAGGUCAUUUUAUAGGGCUCUGGCAAUGCUCAUCCUGUUCCUCCUUGAACAAAGUUGCGGUUACCGAUCCUGCUGAGGGUUUAAGGACCUUCUAUGGCCCUGUCCAGCUUUCCUGGAGUAACUACCUGUCUCCUGGUAUGUCUUACAGGCCUCCAGGUUGCUCCUCAGACUGAUCAGGAGCUCAAUGAUGCCCUGGUCCAGAUAUGGGAGAAGCUCACCUAGAUGUACAUCUGCAGCCUCAUCAGGAUCAUUCCCAAGUAAUGUAGGGAGGUCAUACAAGCACACGGAGGCAGGGGUGCUGGGAGUCACUCACAGCAGGGGGUGCUGAGGAUAUUUUUAGUGUUUCCCCUAUCCAAAAACAGCGGUUUGGGUCCAAAUUUGUCUCGCUCGCAAAUUUUCUUCAAACAAAGUGUGCACAAUGGCAGUACACACGCAUGCUGGAUAGUCUACGUACUUCUACUAGGCUAUUACAAAGACAGCGUUCUCUGACCUAGUGGAGAAGUAUCCUUUUUGACUGAAUGUUCCAGCCAAGAACAUAUGAAAUAAUACGUUGAAAGUGACCGUUGUUUUGUUUGCUUGUUUGUUUCCCGUUAUUUUUUAGGCUUAACGUCUUUAGUAGAGCAAACUGAAAGUCCACUCACAUUUUUGGCGGUGCUCUCCGGCGUUUCGUGGUCCACAUCUUCAAUCCUUGCUUCUCGCUCAGUAGUUGCAGUCUAGGUUUGAAAAAAUUACGUACAUCCAUCUUGCUUCAUCUGUCCUCAAGUGUUUUUUUUUUUUUUUUGUGUUUUUUAAUGGGCUAAGCAACGCAAAUACCUGUCUCUAAGGUGCUGGUCACAUUAUCGGUUUGAAAAAUAAUUUUGACCCAUUAUAAAAAAAAAAAAAUGUUGUUUGUUUUAUUGCUUUACAACUUUUGUUGAAAACAUUUUGGUGUUAUGGUGUUAUACUUGUAUAGUGCCUUUCCACUUUUCAAGGCCCUCAAAGUGCUUUACACUACAUCGCCAUCCACCUACUGGGGGGUGUAGGUGGGUUUCAGUAUCUUGCCUAACUAUACUUAGAUGAGUUCAUCAGGGCAGAGAAUGGAACCAACAACCUUUGAGUUGGGGGACAUACUCUACCACUGAGAAGUAUAACACCACAAGUAUAACAUUAUUUACCACUACCGUUUUACCGGCAAAGUCUUAAUUUUAGGGCUGUCAAAAUUAUGCGUUAACGGGCGGUAAUUAAUUUUUUAAAUUAAUCACGUUAAAAUAUUUGACGCAAUUAACGCACAUGCCCCGCUCAAACAGAUUAAAAUGACAUCAGCAGUGCAAUGUCCACUUGUUACUUGUGUUUUUUGGAGUUUUGUCACCCUCUGUUGGCGCUUGGGUGGGACUGAUUUUAUGGGCUUCAGCACCCAUGAACAUUGUGUAAUUAUUGACAUCAACAAUGGCGCGCUACUAGUUUUUUUUUUUUUUUUGAUUGAAAUUUUUACAAAUUUUAUUAAAAUGAAAACAUAAAGAGGGGUUUUAAUAUAAAAUUUCUAUAACUUGUACUAACAUUUAUCUUUUAAGAACUACAAUUCUAUCCAUGGAUCGUUUUAACAGAAUGUUAAUAAUAUUAAUGCCAUCUUAUUGAUCUAUUGUUAUAAUAAACAAAUACAGUACUUAUGUACCGUAUGUUGAAUGUACAUAUCCAUCUUGUGUCUUAUCUUUCCAUUCCAACGAUUAAUUAAUUUUUAAGCUGUAAUUAACUCGAUUAAAAAUUUUAAUCGUUUGACAGCCCUACUUAAUUUUAAAUCCGCAUAUUGGAAAGUCAACUAUAUGCAAUGACAUUUUCAGCCACCAGGGAGGGACCCCCCCCCCCCCCCCCCCAAUCUCCGCGUAUGACUCCACGGUCUAAAUCUGCAAUUAACUUUUCCUCGCCGAGGACUAUAAUUAGGGUUGGGCAUCGUUUGAAAUUGAAUGAUUCAGGUUCCGAUUCCACGUUUCGAUUCCGGUUCCAAACGAUUCUCGAUUCCGAUUCUUUUAAGAGGCAGGGUUAAAAAAAAAUUAAAUAAAAAAAAAAAGAUUAAAUGAACUUCUCACAGGGCUGAUUUUAAUUUGUAUAUAAAUAUCAGUCUCUGAAUUCGGGCAAUUUUUCUCCACUUGCCAGUCAGCGCAUCAAAACGAGAAAUUGAAAUUUAAAAUUUGAAUGAUUCUGGGAGCAUCGGACUGUUAGAACUGGUUCCCAUCGAUAGUCGAUGCCCAACCCUAACUAUAAUAGAACUACAAUCAUAAUCAUCUUCUUCUUUUUUUUUUUUUUUUUUUUUACCUCGAAUUUUAGAAAAUGCCAGUGUUUUUGUAAGACAAACAUUGCUAAUUCGUUUUUUGCACCAUGUUAACACCUCCUCUGUCAACAGUUAAAUGUCCUUGACCAUGUUAUUAACAAAGAAAAAAAACAUACAUUUAAUCCCCAAAUUACUAUUAUUAUUAUUAUAUUAUUAUUAUUAUUAUAUACUAUUAUAUUGUGAUUAUUAAUCACGCUAUUGUUUCAAUGUGUUUAUUUUUUUAAAUUUAUUUUGGACCAAAAAAAAAAAAAAAACAAUAAAUCAAAACACUUUUUUUCUCCCCAACACCAGGGGCGCUAUAGCAUCCUCAGCACCCCACUUUCCGCGCCACUACUUGGAGGCCACACUCACACACAGCCUCAUUUUGACCUGUUUAAAGGACAUUACAUCAAAGUUGGAUCCGCCUGUAUUGUGUUUUUCCACUUUCAUUUUCGGUAUAACUCUAAAUCCUGACCUCCAUGGGUUGAUACAUUUGAUUUUCAUGGAAAUUUUUGUGUAACUUGGUCAUCAGCACAUUCAACUAUGGAAAGAAAGAAUUUAAUAAGAAUAUUUCAUUUAUUCAGAUUGCAACAUGUUACGUUAGUGUUCCCUUUAUUUUUUUUUAGCAGUGUAUAUAGGCAGCAGUGACAAAUGCUGGUCUGUCAAUGAGGUGAGGCUCAAAUGUGUCCACCUGUUAGUGCUAUGGAAAGAAACUAGGGUGCCAGAAGUCAAGUCUCCAAACACAAGCAGCUACAUUAAAAAAAAAAAAACACACCAGAAAUAGAAGCUCAGUUUUUCGCGAGUCAUUUUUAAGAAAGCAGGUGUAGUUCGUGUUUUCUCAUGUCUUCCUUGUGAGAAGAAAAGGACAAGCAAAUGGCUGAAAGCAAUCAAUCGAGCAACAGUAAAAGAAGACGGUUCCAUGGACCAUUCUCGCCAGUGGGAACCUAAAUCCAGGCACAUUUACGUUUGCAUUUUAUUACUGGUGAGUAAACUUUAAUCGAUUUUUUUUGCCCCAAUUAGCUGCUAGGAUUCAAUAGACUAGGCAGUGGUUAUUAUUAUUAUAACCGACAACUCGCAAAGCGUUAUUUUUCUUUUGCCGAGAACUGCUCUGAUCGGUCAAUCGGUAUAUUUUUGGCCUGGUGGGAAUUGGUUAUUUUGCCGUGACAUGUUCACGAGUAAAUAACGCUUGGAGGCGAAUUACCGGUUACGGCAGAAAUGAUCACUCUAUAUAUACUACCAGUUUUCUUAGUUCCACACAGUACAUAUUCCACGUAAUUGAUAAAGGUCAACUUACUAGGUGACUUUAUGAGGUAGUUGUAGAUGUUUCCGAGCUCCACUGCAGGCAAUUCCUUUGGAUUGUUUAUCCAGCUAUCAGCUGCGACUUUGUAUGGGCAGAUUUGCAGGCCAAUACACACUAAUUGUAAGUUGUAUCGCCUCCUCGCGUCUGUUGGCAGUGACUCGUGAUAAUAAUAAGUCAUGUUUAAAACAUUUUUUUGAAAAACACAGCUGAAAUAUAUGAAUUUCAGACGUUUGUCUACGGAUGGUUACCUGUGCGUGCCCCUAUUUUAAAAAUGGCGACACGUUGCUAUGCGAGAUGACGUCAUCGUGAAAUCACGCCGACUGCAAGAAUAAGUACAUAGAUGAAUGGAAAAAUAAAAAAUAACCCCGCAAAAAAUUAAUGCAGCCAGUGUCCUACUUGCGCUGGCUGGUGUUAUGCCAAAAAACAGCCGCUCCGUGUUAAAUGUCCCCCCUGACGGGAGCACCCACAUGUCACUCGUACAAACAGCUUUUGUUUACCAAUCGCUGGACACGGAAACGACUUUCUUGUACCGUGAAUAUGUAUUAUUUUACUCUGCUUGAACUAAUAAAUCUUGU